AUGACUUCGACUACAACUGUUCUCCUUCUUUCUGUUCUUCUUUCCUCUCAACUUGCUCAUGCUGUUCUGAAUGUUGUUGGAAGUACUCAAACUAUCUCUGUUACUGGAAGAUUAGUUUGUCAAGGACAGCCAGCUAGAAACGUUCUUGUGAAAAUGUAUGAAGAUGGAACAGUCUGGGAUUCCAAGCUUGAUUCCACUAAAUCGUCCAACGACGGAACCUUCCGAGUCUCUGGUACAUACACCAAGAUCUUUACAUUGGAUCCAAAAGUUAACAUUUACCACAAAUGUAACUACAAUGGGCUGUGCUCGAAGAAAUUGACAAUCAACAUUCCGGAUUACGCUGUUGCGUCUGGAUCUGGAUCCUCAACAAAUUACGAUAUCGGAACCUUGAAUCUGGCUAAUCAAUUCAGUGGAGAAACAACUGAUUGCAUUCAUUAA